UUCUGUUGCCACUGGUUACCAAGGACCCUCGGUAAUGAACUGCGGAUCACAAACUGUACCGUUGGAUGAAAUAAAAUACUCGUUUAUCUUACUUGCAGACUUAUUCCCGUGAGAAGGAAAUGGACUUAAAUCCUUCGUCGUGUUGGAAUUCAAUUCUUGAGAAAGUGAAGCCACAUAUACCAACCAUCGACUUCGACUCGUUAGCAUCUGAAAAUGAAGAGAUUGUCACCAUAUAUCAAAGGCCAGCUGGUCUUUCCCUGAAGGUCCUUGAAGACUUUGACAGUUUUUCAGUGGAAGAUGCUGAACUGGAGAAGCUGUUGAAACCUGUAGCACAGACAAGCUGGUCAGAAGAGACUUGUGACAGCCUGAGUUUGAAGUUGUACGAUGAUAAAAUUGCAGAAAAUAAGACUGCAGUUCAGUGGGAUACAGGAGGCUCCGAUGCUGAUGCUGAGGCAGGUGCUUGUCAGAGCAACACUGUGGAGUUCAACAGAGCAAAGCUGGAAACCUCUGUAAAACCACAUUUGGACAGCUUGAAAUCUGAUACGGAUUUCGCUGUCCUCUCAUUUGCGAGGCUUGACCAGUGGGAUCUGGAUAGUGUCCUCCAAAAUCUGAAAGAGGAUGGGCUGUCUCUCCAACAACAUGUGUCAGUUGACACACAUGCAAAUGGUGACAAGUACAGUCCCCAGCAGAAUGUAAUGGAGAAGCUUGUUACUUACUGUAAAAGCCAGUCAUCUAAGUCUGCGUCAGAGCCUGGGAAAAGUCCAAACAUCAUCAGACAGAAUAAUGUGUGGAGCAAAUCAUUGGAGAGGAUGGCAGAGAUUCCCAGCUACCAGGAAUAUCCCACUGUUUAUAUUGACUUGCGUUGUCCUGAUCCUUCAAUAAUACCACCAAGAACAUCCCCAAAUCUUUCAUCACAGUCCAGGUCACCAGCCAAAUACCACACUCACGGGGAAGCACCACCUGCAAAGAUACACAACCUGAAAGUGCACACUGGAUCAUGGAUGGAGGACAGGGAGGUGACUGGCAAGAGUGUGCUGCUUCAGAAAAUAAGGAAGAUGAAUCAAAAUGGGAAUAAAUAUUCCAAUAACUACAUCGAUCCAUCAGAGUCAGUACUAGGAAAUGAAGCAGAGGAACUGAAAGACAAGCCACCACAGCCUGUAGAGUCUGCAUGUAGCUAUGACUCACAACAUGUGUGGGUAGAUAAACAAUCUUCGCCUAUACAAUCUGACUCCAGAGAACCUAAAACGGAAAUCCCACCAACUGUUCAGCAAACUUCAGUUAAAGAACCAAAGCAACAAAGUGACCAACAGAGACAACAACGUAAGCAGACAUUACAGCGUGAACAACAGCAAAUUCUUAAGCGACUGGAAAUACACUGUCCAACCAAAUCUGUCUAUCAGAAGCAGUCGGCUGCUGAAAGGACUGAUGUUCUUUAUGAUUUCGAAGCAUCUCACCUGCAAUCAGUCAAUACACUACCAGAAGAUAUCAAAAGUAAGGCCAGCAUGCUACUGACUGUCAAUCUCUCCUGUCCUGGGAUGGUUGGAGACAGAGUUCAUGGAAAAAGGAAUCCACCUGCAACCAAAGCACACAUCUACAACACUUUGGUGGCUUGGUUUAUGUCCUUGGUUGGCCCAGACACACUUGAUGAUGAGGAAGCCGAGGGUGCUGGAAAGGUCCCAUUCUGGGUUGCAGGACUUCAGCAGCUGUGGACAGAGAAUGGACUGGUUUUACAUGUUUUAGCUGUUGCUCAUCACUGUUAUAAACCAAGGAAAUGGGACAUAGACAUCCAUGCACCUUUCUAUAGCCAUGUCUGUAGGUUUCUCUCUGAGACCUCACUCACUCAGAUUGCUCCCUGGCUACCUGAGCUCCAGAUCUUGCUGAACCAACAAGCCUACGCGUCACCCAUUCACCUGCCUUCCUCCUGUUUAAAUUGUUUCAUCUCUGCCACCUUCAACAAAAAGGUUAUCGAUAGGACAUUUGGUCUCACUCCAGGUUUUUACUGGCAGACUAUGGAAACUCAGGAGCGUGUUUGUAAGAGGAGAGAGACCACACAAGCACUGCACACAGAGGUAUCAGUUGCUCUGGGGUUCAGUGGCUUCUUCCUACAUCCCCUCAUAACACACUACACCCUCCAGCUUGUCAUCGACUCAGGACUCGAUGUGUGUGGUCUGAGGCUCCUUUAUCCACCGCACAGGCUCCUGAGUGACAGUGCUGGUGGUGUUCCAGUCAACCAGAGAGCUGAUGAAACCUGCCAACCUGUCCUUGCCCUAGCUGUUCGGGGUUCUUAUGCCCACUCAUUGUUGAAGGAUAUAACUAGUUCCUUUGACACUUUUUUGCCCAAAGAAACAAAUCCAACUUCUGUUAGCAGAAGUCAAGAACCUCCCAUGGUCUACUCCCCUCAACUGGCCAGUCAGGUCCACAGGGAGCUGUGUUUGUGGUUUUCAGGAAGAUUACAAGGAGGAAGUGCACAGAGUCACAGCCAGCCUCUGAAUAGAGUUGUGCCUUCGGAUGACAGAGUCGGAGGCAGCCUGUUCAGUUUAAGUAGAUCAUCUGCCUUUCUGUGUGCUACAACUAAAGCUGACAUACUCUUCGUGGCGUCGCCUGUUGUGUCUCCAUGUUGUUAUGGCCAAGUGUUGGCUGUUUGUGAACGUAGAGGCUUCAGUCUGUUGGGGCUGCAGACACUUCAGCUUCAGAGAAAUGGAGCUCCGGCCCUCGGACUCACCAACCAGCAGACAAAUGUGUUCUGCAGUCCACCCACCGUGACCCUGGAUCAGGAGGUGGACCUUCCCUCUCAAUGUCUGGUGUUGAUACUGAGGAAAGAAAAUGCGAUGCACCACAGUGUUAGUCUGCCUGCAGCUCUAAUGAGAGAAUUUAAGGCUCAAAAGCUUGUGGGCUGCCUCCACUCCAGGCUUAAUGGUGUGGACACAGUAGAGCCAAGUUUCUGUUUCCAUACUGUGCCCUACAGCCGUAACCUGUUCCACAUCUUUGUUCGGUCCAUGUGGACAGUGCCAGAUCCUCCUGGUGUGAUCCUGCCCCAUCACAAGUGUCUGUCCAAUUCUGAAAUGGAGCAGGUGGUGAUUUUGACCCUGUGUGGGAAGGACAUGAGCCAAGGCCUGAGCCUCCUACACAGAGUGCUGACAGAAGGGCCAGAAGGCGAUGCACAACACGCACAUUUCAAGCUACUUGGUUUGAAGUGGCUGCCUGUGCUGACCCGACUUCAGGCCCAGGAGCUGAGUCCUUACGAGGUGGGAGAGCAGCUCUACCGCUGCAGCCAGGACAAUCUGAUGUCCUCUCCUGCUCUAGUGUGUGCUCUCAGACGGAUGGAUGCUUUUGCUUCACUGAAAAAGCUCCUACCGCACGAUUACCCCGGUAACCUGAGUGUCCUGAUGUCACCCACACCUGAAGUGGCCUUCAGACAAGCUUCCCUCUUCUUCUUUGACCAUGAGCUGAUUUCUGAUCCACAGAUGCUGCUCACUGUGUGCCUAUUCAAGCCGAGAGUCUGGAAUCACGCUCUGACUGAAAUAUUCCACAAGCUCCAGCAGAGUGGUCUCAUGUUGGUUGGCCUGCGAGUAUUGACCCUUGGCAGGAGCGAUGCUACCUCACUACUCUCUUCAGAAAGUGAGCCCUCAGACUUGGACGCCCAUGUGGAGUGCCUGUGCUCUGGGUCCUCACUGGCUCUCUGCCUCCAGGGAGAAAACGCUGUGAGGAGGCUGCUGGAUGUGCUGGGCCAAGAGGACUCAUCCCUCUGGACAGACUGUUAUGGUUCGGGAUCAUAUCAGAAAGCAGUGGAGGAUGUGAAGAGGCUUUUCCCAGAUGGGCUAUGCUGUAGUGAGACAAGUACAAUGAGACAGGAACAGAUACUCAGCAUGUGUUCGGACCCAUUAGCCUCUGUGGAACGUGAACAGAGCUGCACGCUGGACGCUGUGGCCCAGGAAACUCUGUCACCUUCAAAUGCAUCAGGAACAAGACGAGGGUCCCUGAUACACAGUCCUCUCUGGCAGACAACCUGUCUGCUGAUACCCUUAGAUGCCCCACUGCUCGGCCAAGUGCGCUCCCAGCUGGAGAUGCUGGAGCAGCUGCUGAGGUCAGGCUGCCAUCUGGUGGCAGGGAGGAUGUGCAUGCUGGAUAACAAACAGAGGAAACACAUUGCUGAGACACUCAAAGUGUCAUCAAGUGGAAGUGAGAGGAUGACUCAUCUUUACACGGCCCCCUGUCUCAUCAUGGCUCUGCAAGGGGAAAAAAUUGUAACUGCCUUCAACCUACUCCUUGAAAGCAUUUACAAGGACAGGCCAGACCUAGAGAAUGUGGAGGAAAUGAUAAUCUACCCAGGAAGUGAGAAACAGGCUAAGCAGCUAAUAUGCUACCUGUUUGAUGCCUUGUGUCCUGAGAGCUGUUAUGCCAUUGUGCCAUAAAAAUUCAAAUGUGAACAAAGCCAUUUUCUGAAGAACAAGCAGCAUCUGGAGACAUUUUCAUAAGGUGUCUGCUCUGAAUCGUUCAAUAAAUAGUUGUUUCAGUUUAUAUAAAUGUUUUUCCAUACUGUUGAAAGAAAAUAAAUGGAUUUUUCCUAUAAA